CGGAUGGACUCUCCCGGUUCUGUCGUUGGUCGUGAUGUGAGAGUUCACAGGCCAUGCAGAGGUCGUGUUGUGCUUCUUUAGCUGGGACUCGUGAUGUGAUGGCUUUCCUGACUCUGUUCAUGAGGAGGCAGCUGCCGCCGGCCGUGUCGCACUUCGCCCGGACUCUAGUGAAGCUGAGCCGGCCUCCGCGCUCCGGAGCCCCGCUGAGGAGGAGGCUGCACGGCUCCACCCGGCUGCGGCUCGUGGAGAAGGGACCGUGGGGGAAGAACCAGCAGCAGCUCCAGCAGCAGUAUCCGCUCACAGACCUCGACAAGGCGGAUGCUUUGAUGCUGAGAAAGUCCCAUGAGACAGGAUUCCUAUCGUGGUUCAGGAACGGCCUGCUGGCGACCGGCAUCGGAGUCAUCGCAUUUGUCCAGAGCGAAGUGGGACGAGAAGCAGGAUAUGCCUUCUUCAUCCUGGGAGGAGUGUGCGUGUCGUUCGGCGGCGCCUCGUACAUCGCCAGCCUCUUUGCCUUGCGGAGGAUGAUGCUGCUGUCUGUGCCGGCGCUGCUGCUCCAGAGCGCCGCGGUGGGCAGCGUCGCCCUCUUCUGGCUCUGCGCUGUAUCUCUCUACAUCGGCCGUCUGGAGGUGGAGAUCAUCCACGAGGGGGAGGAGGAGGAGGGAGAGGACGAGGACGAGUGCGGGGAGUGCCGGGACAGGCGUGAACACCGGGGUUACCGUGGCUCCAGACAUCAAGACAGUGAGGACAAUAACGGCAAGGGGACGAACAAGUAGACGUCUGGGAUGGAGAGGGUGUGUGUGUGUGUGUGUGUGUUGCUUUGAUUCAGGGCUUCCCCUUAUUUGUAUGUGUGCGUGCGUGUGUGUGUAAGCAGCCUACAUGUUCAUGUGUAGGCUGUGUGAGUCUAUAAAGACUUAUUGUUAUAAAGAUUAUUGUUUAGGUGAAGAAAGACUUUUUUGCAAAAAGUGGUCAGAAAAUGCUGAGAUGUUGGUAGUUUGACUACAUUCACUUCUGGUGAAAUCAAUCAGCCUUUUUUUGUAAGGUUUCUUAUCAGAUAUAUAUUCAAAGCUGCUCCACUCGCAUCACCAAUCUGUCUGAAAAUUAUAUUGACUUAUUAUUUGCAUCCUCAGGCACACCGCAAAGACUCACUGAGAACACCAUAUAUCUGUUAAUAUAAGUUUAGUUUUCACUGUACCGUAUGCAAUCAUCAUACCGUUUGUCUUAUCCUUUUCUCCAACAUCAUUAACUGUGAUUGACUACUUGAAGUUUUGAUAAAAGUCUUGAAAUAAAACAAGCUGGUUGUGAUAUGCUGAAUGGACAUAUGAUGUGCAUGUUUCAGGUCUGUGUUUUUCUCUCUUUUUUUUAUCAAUGAGGACUUAAAUAUAUUUUUUUACAGAGGUUUAAGUUACCCUGUGAAUUUUUUAUUUUGUUUUGUAAGGGCAAUAGCACUUUGUCAGUUGUUUGUCAUUGUAGUAACUCUAGACUUAAGAAACUUAAGUAUUUAUCAGCUUUUUCUGUCGUUAUAUAUUUGGCUCGGUAUGGUUGAUAUACAUGUACAGUUCCCAAAUGUAACCAUAAACCAUUUGACCGUUUGAGUUAAUUUUACACCAUCUGGUGAUCACUAUAAUUGCUGUUUUAAUGGCUGUAAAGAAAGAAUGGUUUUAAGUUGAUGACGUUGAGUUUGUGUGAGGAAAUCGAGUUCACUAUUGUUUACUUUUGUUUCUCUAUACUGCACAUAGAGUAAUAAAGCGAGAAGACAUCUGUGCUGACAAGAGA